AUGCGCAAGGCUGACUAUGUGAUCCCUUUCGUUUCAAUCGAUAGCUUCGUCAAGAACCUGAGUGGAAACACUCUCACUCUGAACGCAGAGCCCACCGACACUAUCUCCGCCAUCAAGUCCCAGGUUUUCGAGAGAGAGCUCGUUUCUGUCGAUGAACAGCGAUACGUCUUCGGUGGAAAGCACAUCCGCGAUGAAUUCCCAUUGAGCGAAUAUGGCAUCCAGAAGGAGUCCACCCUUCACCUUGUCCUCGACCUUCCCGGUGGUAUCAUCGAGCCCUCCUUGAAAGCCCUUGCCUCCAAGUUCAACUGCGAGAAGAUGGUCUGCCGAAAGUGCUAUGCCCGUCUCCCUCCACGUGCCACCAACUGCCGAAAGAAGAAGUGCGGACACACAAACCAACUCCGACCAAAGAAGAAGCUGAAGUAA